AUGAAAGCGUCUCUCCGGUCCCUGGCCGCGACGGCGGCGGCGGGCUGCCUCUUGCUUGCAGCAACAACCCAGGCCGCGAAUCUGACGGUGUUCCAAACCGACGUGUCCUUCGUGCCGACACCGCUCCCGCCGCCCGGCCCGGCGACCAACUUUGAACGGAUCAUCGAGCAGUUCACGACGCUGGGCCGCACGACGGUGUGGCGGUCGGUCAAGAACAUCACGCUCGACGGCGACACGGGCGAGCCCGAGGGCAUGGUGGUGCUGGACGAGGAGCGCUACAUCACGGCGCGCGGCGACUGGACCGCGCCCACGGUGUCGUACAACGGGAGCAUCAUCAACGGCACCGACCGCACGCCCGGCGCGGGCUACGCGCACCUGGAGAUCUACGACGCAGAGGGCCGCCGCGUCGUCGACGCCACGCUCACCGCGCCCGGCGACAUCGAGUACCACAUCGGCGGCAUCGACUACGACGGCCGCCACAUCUGGGCCACCCUCGCCCAGUACCGGCCCAACACCACGGCGACCGUCGUCCGCGUCGACCCCACCACGCUGGAGUACACGCCGCUCAUCCACUACGCCGACCAUCUGGGCGGGAUUGUGCACGACAUCCAGGGCAACCGGCUGGCGACCCUGAACUGGGGCGCGCGGAACGCGUCCAUCUGGAAUCUGGGAGCCGUCAAUAACAGUCCUUAUCCGACCUUUUCGACACCGCGGUCCGUGGUCCCGAACCCGACCUUCUUCGUCGACUACCAGGACUGCAAGUUCCUGGGCCACUCGAAACACUACCACUACCGCGCGGUCAUGGUGUGCUCCGGCGUGGCGACGCUCGCCGUCAACGUCACCGUCGGGGGCCUCGCACUCGUGGACGUGGAAACCAUGGUCCCGCUGUAUGAGGUGCCGGUGAUGAUGAAGAGCGCGCUCGGAACGGUCAUGACGCAGAACCCGUUCGAUAUCAGGUGGAACAGCGCCGACGAGACGAUGCGCGUGUAUUUCUUGCCGGAUCAGCAUAACUCCACCGUCUAUAUCUAUGAGCCGGUGCGCGAGAGUCCGUACCAGUAUUGA